GGGCUCUGACGGGACCCGCGGAGCGGACGCCGGGCGGUGAGCGAGCGCCGAGGGCCGGGCGCCGGCUCGGAGCAGCGGCUCCCGGCACUGCCUCCCCUCGCCUGGUCAGGCGGCGCCGCCACAGAGCCGGGCCCGUCGCCGCGGUCGCCGCGCAGCCCCCAGGGCCCCGCCUCUCGCACUUGCCGCCCGCUCCGUCCCGCCGCCGCGAUGAGCGAGCUUAACACCAAAACAUCCCCAGCGACCAAGCAGGCACCUGGGCCAGAGGAAAAGGGCAAAGCCGGCAGCGCCAAGAAGGCCGAGGAGGACGAGGAGAUUGACAUCGAUCUGACGGCACCGGAAACGGAGAAGGCGGCCCUUGCUAUUCAGGGCAAGUUCCGGCGGUUCCAGAAGAGGAAAAAGGACGCCAGCUCCUGAGUCGCCAGCCUUGCAGUCCCCCUGCUCCUUUCCCCUCUCCACAGCCUGACUCCAUGUGUCUUUGUUCCUCUAGCCUGUCGUUGAGGCAAGUUCAACCCUUAUGUGUUGUGUUGUGUGGCCCCUGGAGCCAUCACAGCAGUAGGGGCACAAGGAGCAGAGGGAAUGUGAGGGAUUCGGAAGCUGCCACUUGCCUAAGGGAGGACCAGCCUCUCCCUGGGACGGGCCUGCCUACCAGGGCUUUGGGGCUGAGAGGAGGGCCCCUGGCAUGGUGGGGGUGGGGAAAGGUGGUCACAGCAGUCCCCCUUCAGGUAACAGCCCCUUCAUACGCUCCUGUAGCACCACCUCCAACUUCCCUGCUCCGAGCUAGGCCACAGUGAGGACUGGGUCCCCCUGCCGGCAGACCUGACUCAGGCAGCCUCCAGUUCAUUCAUGCUGAGUCCAUAAGCUGCAGGGGAUGUCUCUGGGGCUCGUAGCUGCCCCCCAAACUGGGCUUCCUCAUCUGGGCUGGGAGCAUAGGGCAGAGGCAGGGAAAUGGGGGCUCUGGCAGGUGUGGGGAGGAAAGAAGAGUGAAGGGGGAUCUCUGAAGACACCGCGACCACCAGGAAAGCGUGCUAUGUGAAGGAUUCUUGGGGCUCUGCUAACCUGCCUACCUCUGAGCCCCGACAUUUAGCUGUCCCCAGAGGCCACCCAAACCAGCGACCCUGUAGCUCCCACCUGCCCCACUGUGGAAUCAGGACAGGAGAGGAAUAGCCACUUUGUGUGAUUUUAGCAUGUUUCAUAAUUAUAUAAAAAACCCUUAAAUGGGGUCAUGUAACCUCUACUUCUGUUUUUUCCUGGGAGGAGUAUGAGUGUUGGCCUGAACUGGCCUCUGGGGCGGGGGUGCGGGUGGGGGGGCAGCUGCACGGACUCCAUGGUGGGAGAGGGGACAGCACUGCCUGACCACGUCCACACGGGCCACGCUGUCUUCGUCUGCUGUGUCACCAUCGCCGGCUGCACACCUGCUGGAGCCUGUUCCCUUCUGUCCCCACCCGGCUAAGGGCACAUGUGGUGUGUAUCCCUCUGAGGACAAACCCAUUUUUCCUUGCUCCCUGUCCCCAAAUGACUAUCCUAGCCGUCCCUGCUGCUUUGUCUCCCUCCUACUCCCCCACACCUGUUUUUCACACUUAGGGGAAAGAGAAGGUGACUCGGUCUCACUGAAGGCUUUAAACCACAAAUUAAAUAAAAUGAUGGCUUUCGAGUGA